AUGUCUAAUCACACGGAAGUCACCAUGUUUGUUUUGAUGGGCUUUACAGAUCCCUUGGAGGUACAAAUCAUCCUUUUCUUUGUGUUCUUAGCCAUCUAUCUCUUUACACUGGUGGGGAAUCUGGGAUUGGUUCUGUUGGUUGUGUUGGAUUCCCGGCUCCACACCCCCAUGUACCAUCUCUUGAGUGUCUUGUCUUUCUUGGAUGCCUGCUAUUCCUCAGUGACCACCCCUAAGAUGUUAGUCAAUUUCUUAGCAGAGAAUAAGACCAUUUCCUUCUCUGGUUGUGUAGCCCAGAUGGUUAGCAUUGUAACUUUUGGGACUACUGAGUGUUUCCUCUUGGCUGUCAUGGCAUAUGACCGCUACAUUGCGAUAUGUAACCCUCUGCUCUACACAGCCAUCAUGACUCCACGUGUCUAUGUGCCUCUCAUCAUUGGCUCAUAUAUAGGGGGUGUGUCACAUGCCAUUUUACACACUGUGGCUACAUUUAGUUUAUCCUUUUGUGAAUCCAAUGUAAUCAGACACAUCUUCUGUGAUAUCCCUCCACUCCUGGCCAUCUCCUGUUCUGACACUCACAUCAAUGAACUGUUGCUUUUCAUCUUUGUGAGCUCCAUUGAGAUCUUUGCCAUCCUGAUUGUCCUGGUUUCCUAUGGCUUCAUCUUGGCUGCUGUUCUGAGGAUCCGCUCAGCUGAAGGGAGAAGGAAAGUCUUCUCUACGUGUGGUUCUCACCUGACAGGUGUCUCCAUCUACCAUGGGACCAUCCUUUUCACGUAUCUGAGGCCUGCUGCCAGCUACUCUUUGGGCCAUGACAUGGCGAUAUCUGUGUUUUAUACCAUUGUGAUACCUAUGUUGAAUCCCAUCAUCUAUAGCUUGAGGAACAAAGAUGUGAAAGAG